AUGGCACACCACUCAGAGCCACGCUCUGAGCCACGAAGCACAUCGACGGAGCCACGCUCCACAUCCGAAGAGCCACCAAUGGCACACCACGCAGAGUCACACUCUGAUCAGCGAAGGACGACAACGGAGUCACACUCCACUCACGCCGAGAAACCACAGACGCCAGCCCAAGGAGAGCCACGCUCUACCCAUCGAAGGCAGCCAAGGGAGCCAUGCUCCGAACUCGACGACCAGCCAAGUACCUCACCACGAGCACAGUUUCGAGGCACAACUUCACCAGCGACGGAGAACCAGCCGCCCUGUUGGAGGCAGGCUUUGCCCGUGGCAGAUGCCACAGCCGCGCAACGGAACCCUUUCCGUGCCUCCACAAAACGUGUCCGCUUCCAGGAUCACGUCGAGGAAACGCCGGAGCCAAGCCCGCCCCUAGGCAGAACCGUCAAUUCGGUGAGUCAUCCCACAGAGUAUCAAGUCUCAUUCCAGAUAGAGGAAUCCGAGACGCCGGAUUACCCCGAGCCUUGGGUGAAGGAGUUCCUGGACCAGGAACUGGCCAAAUUUGAUACUCUCUCAGGGGUAUCACACAUCGCAGAGCAUCGCAGCUUCAUGCGCACCGAUCGACCCCUCAAACAGCGACAACCGCCUUCAGCCCGCCUACCACAAGGCACGACGAGCCACGCGCUGCACAGAUUCCGCCCCCACCGAGGCCAACCAGACGAUGGACGGACAAGGCCAUCCGCCGACUCCCGCCCCGGCGCCACAGGACACCGCAUGGAUGUACGGUGCGGGCGACGAGCUCCUACAGGCGCUCCACGGCGCCGGCCAAGCCAGCCGCUUCCCAGCGACAGCCUCGCCGACCCCUUCCGGCCACGGGCUCUACCCAUCGAGGGCACCACCAUCGACGACGACAACGUGGAGGAGGCGAACACCGGCAACCACGCCGGGCCCCGUCGGCCCUCUACCGAGGGGAUGCCACCAUUGGCGUCCCAGCACACCAGCCCCAUCGGGCCAUCACUGCUCCCUCUGGAAGUCGCCCACCACCGUGGCGAUGAGGAGGAGGGAGUGAAUCCGGAUGAACACGCUAGACUACGGCCAUCAUCCGCAAGGGGAAUGCCGCCCCUAGUGUCCAGGCACAUCGGCCCCAUUGGGUCACAACAACCCCCUCUGGAAGUCGCCCACCACCGUGGCGAUGACGAGGAGGAGGUCCACCCGGACGACGCCAUACCGCGUCCAGCACCCUCAAGGGGCAUGCCGCUCCAGGCACCCCUGCGCACCGCCCACAUCGGGCCGCAGGCACCCCUCCGGAAGUUGCCCCUCCUAACGGCAAUGAUGAGGAGGAGGUGCCACCUGACCACCGCUUCGGACCCCUGCGGGUCAACCUCACGCCGCCCCAACGACGCGAGGCUCCAUCCGGAGUCCACGCACCGGAGCGCCGGAGCGCACCAUGGGCAGACAGCCCGCCAAGCUCAUCCGACGAAUCGUCGUUGGACGCCAGCGAAGAAGUCCUCAACCCUCCCCGCUGGGUACCGGCCCCAGUGGAGUGGACCACGCCCAACGGCACAUUGCCAGCCGCCUUGCUCCGCCGGAUUCACGGGCGCCUGGCGACGCCAAGACGACGGACAAUCCGGAUUCUGGAGGAGGAGGCGAAUCAACGCUUCCGCGUCCAGAUUAACCGCAGCGGGAAGGUGA